AUGAUCCCCCCUUAUGGGAAAAUACACGUUUCUCUGUCAAACGAGUAUGUUGAAUUUUACGAAGAAAAAAGUUUAAAGGACACACACAAAUGUACAGCAAAAGAAAAUGGCAUAAAGGUAUCAUGUGAAGAGGAGGAGUCAACCACCGUUGGGUGCACACGAGAUGACAUAUUUAUGGAUGGACAUACAGAUGAGAAGGAUUCUGGGGAAACGAAUCAUCAGCGUGGAUACCACCAUUCCCUUUUAAGUAAACACCAUUUGAGAGAUGGUAAAGGGGGUGACACAUCACAGGAGUUAACUUCCUCCGGUGUAAGGAACACCGAAGUGGAGAAAGGAAAGCUCCACGUAGAGCCGACAACAGCGUUGCUUGUGCCUCCUGUACAAGACGGAGGAGGUAAGGGAUCCUUGAGAGGAGGUGACGGCGGUGUUGCCAUGGUCGACAGUAUACGUUCUGGUCGUUCCAGCCAUGGCGAAGGCUCCUCGAAUCAAGUAAAAUGCAAAAGCAGGAGGGCACUCCCCUCGACUGUUCGACUAAAAGGAUUCAAGAAAAUUUGUAACAGAACAUUCAAUAAGUAUUACUUUAUCGGAAAGCCUUUUAGGAGGUAUGUGAAAAUUAGAAAAAGUGCUUCACAGGAAAAAGUGAAAAAAAACGCUAGUAGAAAAGUUAGUACAGAUGGGAUAGUUAUAUCGAAGAAAAAAGGAGCACAGGCAUGUCAUGGGCCGGGGGACUUUUCUGUUAAGAGGCAGGACAUGGUAUCCUCGGAGAGCGCCAAGACGGGAAGCGAAGUUACAAUGGGCGAGAAGGCACAUACUGAGGGUAACAUAAUUCCAGUGAAAAAAUGCGUCCAUCAGGUACUGCUGCCCUCCCCAAAGGUUCGCAUUGUAAAUAGAGGGAACGUCAUCCUGUCCAAAAUGACAACAAAGGAAAACAACUCCAAAAAAAAGGUCGAAAAGGUGGAAAAGGUAAAAAAAAUAAAAAUCGUAAAAAAAAUAGUAAAGGAAGGAAAGCCCAUUGAUCUUAAAAGGAAAAACGGAGUUGAUGAGGAUGCAGGUCAGCACAUCGGCGAAGACAAUUGCCAUACGCAUGAAACCUCGACGGUGUCCAUUCAGAAGACUAAAUUCCAUGUGCAUACGGAGAAGUGCGAAACGAUGGGGAAAGGGGUAGUUAACGGAAAAGAAGAAAUUACAAAUGGAAGUUGUUCAUCCAGAAUUGAAGCCAACUCCUUGCUAGAGUACACGGAGGGCAGUCCCAAAAAGAAGAAGAAGAAGAAAAGGAAGAAAAAGAAGAAAAAUAAGGGCACCCCUGAGGGGGGCUGUACCAUCGGCGGUGGGGGACACACCUUUGGUGAAGGAAGCCCAGGUGAUACACAUUUAACGGGGAAAUUCUCGGUGGAAGGUAAACCGAACGGAAAUGCAGCGAUGCGUGAAGAAAAUUUUCCUGAGAGGGUACAGCACAAGAUGCUUGAUUCUUUGCAAAAAACGCAAAUAGAUAGUGGACAACAUAGCAAAGAGGGUGUGACUACGGCAACUCCCAAUGGAGUCACUGUACAUAAUGAAGAGAAGUGGGACAACAAAAGUGUAAGAGAGAUAGCAGAACGAAAAGGCGAGAUGAUAAAGAAAGGGGAGGAGCGAAAUACGUCCGUGGAGGAGCGUGAAGUGGGUUUGAUGGUGGGGCCAACUGGUAGAGAGAAAGAGGGUGGGAAGCGAAAAAAAAAAAAAAAAAAAAGUGAAAGUGAAAGUGUCAGUGUUAGUCCCAUUGGCAAUGGCAAUGACAAUGGCAAUGGCUAUGGCAGUGGCAACCGGAGUGAGGACGGCGGAGCAGGAAGGCAGAAGGAACUCAAACCAGGUGAACUGAACAUGAGCGAAUAUCUAAUACUUAAGGAAAUAAAAAUCAAGCAGAGCAACGAAGUGGUACAGUUAAACUUGGAUUCGUCCUUCUUUGUAUCGAAAGGGGCAGGCUUGUAUAACUAUGGACAGAAUAUCUGCUUCUUUAACAGCAUAAUUCAGACCAUUGUGAGAAUCCCCUACAUUUGCAAAGAUCUAUUAAACAAAUUGCAUUCCUUAAAUUGUGAAAAAAAAAAAGUCAGCGUCUUUUGCUUCUAUUGCUUAUUCGAACAAUUCGCCUGCAAUAUUAUAUCAAAAAAAUGCGGAAUAAAAAAUAUGCUCAUCCCUUAUAUAAAAAAGUACAUAUGUAAUAACUACAUUGUUGGUUAUCAGGAAGAUGUUCAUGAAUACUUGCGUUACUUCCUUUGCUCCCUGGAAAGGUCUUCCUUCUCCUCUUCCAUAUAUAUACAGAAAAUGUUCACAGGGGUAACAAAGAACAUAACGAUAUGCACAAAAUGCAACAAUGUGUCAUUAAAAUAUGAACAGUAUUAUGAGCUUUCCUUGGAUAUCAGUUCAUCCAACAAUUUAGAAGAGGCACUUAAGAAAUAUCUAUCGAAAGAAACCCUGAUGGGUGAUAAUGGCUACUAUUGUGAUAACUGCAGAAAAAAAAAAAAGGCCACGAAACAAUGUGUUAUUAAUAAACUCCCAAGAGUACUGACGAUACAAAUUAAAAGAUUUUUUAUGAAUUCUAAAUUUAACGUUGUAAAAAACCACAAGCAUAUUUCCUAUCCUUUGUAUCUGGACAUGAAGGGCUAUGUUAACAACUACGAUUUGUUUCAAAAUGAUUUCAAUAAUAAUGUGAUAUCGCUGUACGAGAAGGUUAACUCUUCCACAGGGGGAAUUAGUCACCAAGGAAGCGGCGUAGCGAGUGACACACGAAAUGGUGCAGGAAGUGACCAGCGAAACGGUGCAGGAAGUGACCAGCGAAACGGUGCAGGAAGUGACCAGCGAAACGGUGUAGGAAGUGACCAGCGAAAUGGCGCAUCCAGUAACAUGCAUGGUGAUAACCAAAGUGCCCCCCAGGGAGGGCGUCCCAAUCCACACGUUCUCAACCAAAUCGCGCACAUCUUCGCCGAACUCAAGAGGGAAGUGUGCAAAAGGAAAAUAAAAAAUCAGCUCACCUCUUCCGAUCUCCGAAGCAUCAUCAUGGAAACAAAAAAACGAAUCAUAAAAGAAUUGAACAAAAUAAAAUUCUCCAAAUUUUACAACGACAUUCUUUUGAGCAUAUCCAAGGAUAUCGACACGCUGUAUUGUCACAUGCGGGCCAACGCAAAUAGCAAGCACUUUAGUUUGAAGGGUGCCCUCUUCAACUUCAAGGUGGAAUACCUCAGUGGGCAGGAACGACACCUACCAUCUCACAGCGAAUCAUGUACCACUGAAAAUGGCAACCGAAGCGAAACAAACAGGUUUGGCGAAAGAAGAGAGCACUCAGCGCGCGAAGCACACAAUGGAAAGAAUCACUCCAAUCAAAGGAACGCAAGUUAUUUCUCAUACGAAUUAACAGGGCUAAUUAAGCACAUCGGCUCUGGAACAGAAUAUGGACACUACGUAGCGCUGACCAAGUCGAACAACAACAUUUACCUGCUCUGUGAUGACAAUAACAUUUCAUACAUCAACAAGAAGGACAUUCUAAACUGUGUAAAGAAUGCAUACGUUUUUAUAUACACGUGUAUCCAUCCGCGUUUUAUCGAUUUCUAUAAUAAGUAUGUAGAUGUCUUGGAAAAAAAAAAGUUUAACAUCAACUUGCCAGUAUUUGAAAAGCGAGUCGAAUUUAAGGAGCGCAUAACGAUGCCCAAGCAGAAGUUCAUCAGUAGGUCGCUUCAUUUUUGA